UUUACACACAUGCUCAAACUUAGGACCAGGAAAUGCGUAAGAUCAUGGAAAGAGAAACCGAAAGUUAAGUUGAGCCGUUGUGUGUGUCUGUCUCUAUACUCAAGCAGUAAAAUGGCAGAAUCCAGAGUUUUUCAGGAUGAGUUCUUGUGUCCGGUGUGUCUGGAUCUUCUGAAGGAUCCGGUGACCAUCCAGUGUGGACACAGUUACUGUAAGAGCUGUAUUACAGACUGCUGGGAUCAGGAGGAUGAGAAGAGCGUCUACAGCUGUCCUCAGUGCAGACAGACCUUCAGCACAAGACCCGCUUUAGCUAGAAACGCCAUACUGGCUGAAGUGGUGGAGAAACUGAAGAUGAACAAACUCUCUGCUGACUGUGACCCUGGAGCUGGAGAUGUUCAGUGUGACGUCUGUACAGAAAGAAAAUACAAAGCCGUCAAGUCCUGUCUGGUGUGUCUGGAGUCUUACUGUCAGAAUCAUCUCGAGCAACAUGAGAGUUGGUUUAAAGGAAAGGAACACAAUCUGACCGAAGCCACUGGACGACUGCAGGAGAUGAUCUGCCAGAAACACAAGAAGAUCCUGGAGGUUUUCUGUCGCACUGAUCAGAAGUGUAUAUGUAUGAUGUGUAUGAUGGAUGAACACAAAAACCAUGAUACUGUAUUAGCUGCAGACCAGAGGACAGAGAACCAGAAUCAGCUGAAGGAGACUCAGAAGACGCUCCAGCAGAGAGUCCAGCAGAGAGAGAAAGAUCUCCAGCGGCUGAGAGAGACUGUGGAGUCUCAUAAGCGCUCUGCACAGACAGCAGUGGAGGACAGUGAGAAGAUCUUUACUGGGCUCAUCCGCUCAUUUAAGAGAAGACGCUUUGAGCUGAUAGAGCUGAUCAGAGAUCAGGAAAAGCAAGCAGUGAGUCGAGCUGAAGGACAACUGGAGCGACUGGAGCAGGAGAUCAAUGAUCUGAAGAGAAGAGACGCUGAGCUGGAGCAGCUUUCACACACACAGGAUCAAAUCCAGUUCCUGCAGAGUUUCCGGUCUCUUUCAGCACCUCCUGAACCUACAGAUGGAAAUGACGAUCCCUUUGCUUCUCUCUUCUUUUCUGAUGACCUGAAAAAAUCUGUACAUAAACUGACAGACAAACUGGAGAAUUUCUGCAAAGAGGAGCUCAAGAAGAUCUCAGGCAAAUUCAACAUUGUUCAAAGAACCAGGAAGGACUUCCUACGAUAUUACUAUUGGCCCACUCUGGAUCUGAACACCAUCAAUAAACACCUCCAUCUGUCAGAGAACAACAGAGAGAUUUCUCACAUUUACACAGAGCAGUCAUAUCCUGAUCAUCCAGACAGAUUUGAUGUGUAUCGUCAGGUGUUGUGUAGCGAGAGUGUGCGUGGACGCUGUUACUGGGAGCUGGAGUGGACUGGAAGUAAUGGUGUGCGUAUAUCAGUGUCAUAUAAGAGCAUCAGCAGGAAGGGAGGUGUAGAGAGUUUGUUUGGAUCUAAUGAUCAGUCCUGGAAUUUGCUUUGUUUUCCAUAUAAAUACUCAUUUUGGCACAACAAGAUACAGACUGCUCUCCCUGUAGAGUCCAUCAGCAGUAGAGUAGGAGUGUUUGUGGAUCACGGAGCAGGAACUCUGUCCUUCUACAGCGUCUCUGACACCAUGACCCUCAUCCACAAAGUCCAGACCACAUUCACUCAGGAGCUCUAUCCUGGGUUUGGGUUUGGAGCGGGAUCAUCGGUGAAACUGAUAAACUGUUUUGAGGAAUCAGAAUAGAUUGACAAGAGGUUCUAGCGGGUCCAAAGCCAGCCACGAGUGUUUCAUUUUCAAAAUGUUUUUUUCUUUCUCUAAAUGACUAAUUUGCUUUUAAACUCCUCUAAUGAAUGUCUCUGUGACAUGUAUCGUUUAGUUUAGACAGUUUGCAAGAGUCUUAGUGUGUGUGCUAUGAAAAUGAUCAUUGCGAGAAGAUGAGUGAGUGAGGAGAUAAGAGCAGACUCUGUGUUGCCAGAUCCAGCUAUUAUAAGCGCUUUUAGGCUUGUCUUUUCCACUUCAUUUGACUUAAAAGUAGAUUUAGGGUUUAGGUUUAGGGUUCGUGAUACCUUUGUCUCAUCUUAUUUGCUAAAAACAAAGUUAUCAGCUAUAUUGGUUAUUAUUAAAAAAAUCUAUAACAGUAAUGCAUUGUUUCUUGAAUAAUAAACAACUGAUUAAAUUAUCCACCCUUAUUAGUAUACUAUUAACAAAUUUUGAUACAGUAAAUAUGGUAAAAUUAAAAUGAUCAUCUCUCCAAAUCUGUCAUAAACAUGUACAAGUCUCUUUUAAAGUGUUCAUGAUGUAUAUAAUGAGUCGGGAGUGACCAUGUUUCUGUGAUUUUCUCAAAAUCUGUUUGUAUUGAUUUAGUUUUUAAUGUAGAGUCACAUCUAUCAUUUUAUUACUACUAUCAAAAUUACUUAUUAAUUCAGAUGAUCACAGCCAGUUAAUUCAUUUUUAUUUUCCACUUUAUCGAGCUACUGCCCUUAUCGUUUUCUUUUGUUCUCUGGUUUCACAAGACACUGUUUUAAUUAUUGACUGUGAAAUUUAUUUUUAGGUUACAGCUUGUUAAUACUUGUUAAUUCUAUUAUAGAUCAGUGGUUAAAACCUUUAAAAGAAAUAAAAUGUCCAUAGUGUG